AAUUAUAGCUGACGUUUAAUCCUUCGAGGUUAGAAUUUGAAUUUAAAUAAGAAGCGAAAUCAUUUUUAAAUCUACUUAAAUUAAUAAUGAUAAACAUUUAGAUAAAACGGAUAUACUAGCUUAAAAUUGAGUUGUAUUUGUAUACAAUUGCAAAAUGAAGAAGGAAGAAGUACAGGAUAUUUUUCUUAAAAUUCUAAGAGAAGAAGAAGAUGUUUCUGCAGGAGUAGCAGCCAUUAAAACCUUAUUGACUGUGAUAGAAAAUUAUAAAGUGGCCACAGUACGUGAACUGGAUCUCAACUUACAGUUGGCUGUGGAUGCGAUGCGCCAUUGUGACCAGCCUGUAACUGCCAUAUCAUCAGGUUGUCAACUAUUCAUGCGUUUCAUUACCUUCGCUAAACUAGAUGUUAAGUCAUUUGAAGAGUGUGAACAAAUAAUGCUGCAGCGUGGCCGUAUAUUCUUAGACACAUUAUUAGAAGCCCGAGGAAAAGUCGCUAAACAAGCAUUGCCAUUUAUAAGUGAUGGUUGCAAAAUUCUGACACAUUCUCGAUCACGAGUGGUGCUUCAAGCCAUGUUAGAAGCAGCAAAAGCCAAUAAAAGAUUUCAAGUUUUUGUAACAAUGUCGUGUCCGGAUAACAGCGGGGUACGAAUGCACAAAGAGCUAGUAGCGGCAGGAAUAGAGGCCACACUUAUCCUGGACUCAGCGGUCGGCUACAUCAUGGAGCAAAUGGACAUUGUGAUGCUAGGGGCUGAGGGUGUCACAGAGAGCGGAGGGAUUAUCAAUAAGAUCGGCACAUACUGUCUCGCUAUGUCAGCGUUAGAACUGAAGAAACCUGUAUACGUUCUCACGGAGAGUUUCAAAUUUUCAAGGAUAUAUCCUCUGAAUCAGCGCGACGUACCAAAUGAGUUCAAAUAUUUAUCCAGUGUACUCAGUUCUGGCGAUUUAUCGAAACAACAUCCUCUCGUUGACUACACUCCACCAGCGUACAUCACUCUCCUGUUUACGGACUUGGGUAUACUAACGCCGUCCGCUGUCAGUGACGAACUUAUCAAAUUGUAUUUGUAAUAUUUUGUAAUAUAUUGUAAUUAUUUA